CAUCAAUUCAAUCACACAGCGAAGAGCAAAUACAGAGAAAAAGAGUCAACGCUCCGAUUCCGUGGGUGGAGGUCACUAGAAAAUCAGAAGUUGCUUGCAAAUUAAGGUGCUAUCCAAAAGUCUCCUCGAUCUCCAAAGCACACUACUUCUGGGUCUGAAACAGCUGAAGCAAAUGGAGUUCUAUUUCUUCCAGAUGGUGUUGGCGAUUCUUGUGGUAAUUUUGACAUGGAUCGGUGUCAUAGCCAGUCUUAAGUGGAUAUGGAAGAGUUGGUUCAGUUACAUGGUUGACAAGCCAGAGCCAAUAUCAGAGGAUAAUCAAGAACCAGUUGACGUCGAUGCCUCUGCACCUCUUCCUUCAUCAUCAGCUGAAUCAUCAGCUCCUAGGUGGAAGCAUGAUGUGUUUUUGAGUUUCAGGGGUGGAGACACUCGCAAAGGUAUUGCAUUCGAAUUAUACGAUCGACUGCAAAACAGGAGAGAAAUCAAAACAUUCAUGGAUGACCAAGACCUUCAAGCAGGGGAUGUUAUUUCUCCCACUCUCCUAACGGCAAUUAAAGAAUCAAGGUUUGCAAUUAUUGUUCUCUUUCAAAACUAUGCCUCUUCCACUUGGUGUUUGGAGGAACUUAGAAACAUCUGUGAGUACAUGGAAGAAGACAACAAUAGAAUUCUGCCACUUUUUUAUUAUGUGGAUCCUACUGAUGUACGAUAUCAGAAGAGGAGUUUCGGAGAUGCUUUUACUGAGCAUGAAAAAUCAGAGCGACACAGAUCAGAGAAGGUGCAGCAGUGGAGAGAUGCUUUAAAAAAAGUGGCAAAUUUCUCUGGAUGGCAUACACUGAAUUAUAAAACUGAAAGAGAACUUUUGGAUGCCAUUGAGGAAUCUGUGUGCAAUAAAUUACGACCUACUGAACUUCAGUUUAAAUUGUCCAUCGGAGGUUUUGAAGCAUUUAAAGCAACAAAACAAGCCAUUGAUGAGGUCAUGAAUGUGCUAAAAGAUGAUAAGGCCACUACCAUUGGAGUCUACGGAAUGGGGGGCGUCGGAAAAACGACAAUGGUGAAAUAUGUUGGAGCACUAGCCCAAGAAAGUGGGCUUUUUAAUCAAGUGAUUAUGGCUGUCGUAUCCCAAAACCCCGACUUGAUAAAAAUUCAAGAGACAUUUGCAGAACUGCUGGGCUUUAAAUUGGAGGAGAAGACAGAAAUUGGAAGAGCCAUUAAAUUGAAGGAGAAGAUAAUGAGAGGAACCGGGAUCCUCAUAAUCUUGGAUGACAUUUGGAAGAGAAUAGACUUUUCAAGCAUAGGAAUUCCAAGCCACAACGAACUUCAAAGAUGCAAUUCCAAAGUUCUACUGACCACCAGAAGAUUGACUGUUUGUCAGAUCAUGGAGAGCCAUGCAAAAAUUCAUCUCAAUAUCUUAUCAAAAGAAGAUUCUUGGAGCUUAUUUGUGAAGGAAGCAAGGAAAUCUUUUGACAAAUCUUCCAAUUUCUAUGUUGUAGCGAGUGAGGUGGCAAGAGAAUGCGCCGGUCUACCAGUUACCUUGAUAGCAGUUGCGAGGGCCCUUCGAGAUGAAGGUUUGGACGGAUGGAAAGAAGCUGCUCGACGACUGAAAGCAUCUCAACCUCCCAUCCCUGAAGAUGAGGGAGAUGUUUUCAAAUGCAUAAAGUUGAGCUAUGAUUACUUGAAAUAUGAUGAUUCCAAAUCAUGCUUCUUGCUUUGCUGCCUGUUCCCAGAAGAUUAUGAUAUCCCAAUUGACUACUUGUUCAAGUAUGGAAUCGGGAAAGGAAUGUUUCAAGAUUCAAACUUGCUAGAAGCCCGAGCCACAACAUAUUUAGUGGUGAAGGCCCUUACAGAUUCUAGCUUGCUUUUGGACGCUGGAGAUGACCGAUAUGUAAGGAUGCAUGAUGUCAUUCGGGAUAUGGCAAUCUUAAUUUCGUUAUCAGAAGGCCUGCGGUUCUUGGUGAAAGCUGGCUGUGAAUUGAAGAAUUGGCCACAGAUUGAUGCACACAAAGGCUACUCUGCAAUCUCACUAAUGGAGAACGAAAUUUGCAAGCUACCCGAAGAGUUGGUAUGUCCAAAUCUCCAGAUUUUAUUACUGCAAUACAAUGCUUCAUUAAAUGAUAUCCCAAACUCUUUCUUCCAAUGUCAGAAAGAAUUAAGAGUCUUAGAUCUUGGCGGCACUGGUAUUUCAUUACUACCCCAUUCAAUCAGUUUCCUAACGAACCUUCAAGCUUUGUAUUUAGAUUAUUGCCGCAACAUAAUUGACACUUCUGUAAUCGGAAAACUUCACAAGCUUGAGAUUCUUAGUAUGAGAGGAACUGAUCUGGAAGAAUUGUCAAGAGAAAUAGGACAAUUGACCAAUCUAAGGAUGCUUGAUGUCAGUGGUGCUGGAUUUAUUUGCACAAUUCCAUCUAAAGUGAUAUCAAAGUUGCAUAAAUUAGAAGAGCUGUACAUGCAAUGUGCAUUUUGGGACUGGGGGAGUAAAAUUGAUGGAGAAGGAGAAGAAACUAAUAUUGGCUUUGAUGAAUUAGCUGGUUUAUCAUAUUUACGCAAUUUGGAAGUUUGCAUAUCAGAUGAAAAUUGCAUCCCUAGAAGUGUUGAGGUCGAACCGAAUUGGGAUUACUUCGAUAUUCGCAUUUGCAGCGACGGUGAUGGAAAGAUUGAAAUUAUGAGCUAUCUAUCUGGUGAUUCUGGUCGUAAGUGUAGAUCCUUGGGUCUUCAUAGUACUGACACAACCAUAGGAACCUUUCCGGACUGGUUUGUCAACGCUGUGGUAAAGAAAACUGAGAGGCUGAGUUAUGAAGAAUGCACAGGGUUGAGUAACAUUCUUGUGGAAUAUGACCGUGGGAGGUUACAUGGACUGAAAGUUCUCUCUGUAAGAUAUUGCUGUGAGAACUUGAAAGAAUUGAUGAAUGCAAUAACAUGUGUUCCAGAUAUGCCUGUGUUUGAGAACUUGGAAGAGUUGUAUCUGAAAAAUCUGGAUGACCUGAAGCAGUUAUGUGUUGGUGAGUUACCACCUGGAUCUCUCUGCAGUCUGAAAUUAUUGAAGGUCGAACGGUGUCGUCACUUGGGGAAUGUGCUGUUGCCAUCAAAAUUGUUGCAGAAACUACCAAAUCUGAAAAAACUAAUAUGUGGGGUAAGUAGAGUGGAAUAUGUGUUUGGAUGUGAAGGAUUUGAGCCGCCGGAUCAAACAAAUCUAAGAGAGAUGAAGUUGUUCGAUCUAGACGCAGUGAGAAGCAUAUGUAAUGGUCUUGCUCCACGUGGAAUGUUCCAGGCUCUAAAGGAAUUGGCCAUUGAGAGGUGCAACAUCCAGGGAAGUCUCUUCACAAUUGAUGAAGCUCAGUGUCUUUUUCAAUUGGAAAGCCUUGUUGUAUCCAGUUGCCCUGUCUUGGAAAGAGUAAUCGAAGCAAGGAGGGAAACAUUGAACAGCAAGAAGACCGUUCUUCCAAAAAUGAAGAACUUAUGUUUGCGAUAUCUUCCAAUGUUGUACGAGGGAAGUGCUACUGUUGAUUUUGAGUGUCCUUCAUUGGAAAACUUGCUUCUGAGGGACUGCCCCCACUUGUCAUUUCAAUCCUCUGCUUCUGACUACUUCCACAGCAGGAACCCAGUCAAUGAAGAUUGGAGUCUGUUUCUCCGAUUUAAAAUACCGCCUUCAAUAAUUCAAAGAAAUUACAUGAUGAAAGUAGUGAUCAGACCUGGUGGAGGUGAUUCAACACCUUUAGAUGGAGAUCAGGUCAUAUAUCAUUGCACUGUUAGAACAUUGGAUGGAGUUAUUGUUGAAUCCUCAAGAUCAGAAUUUGGUGCCUUCUAUUACAGUGAGAGUGCUGUUCGUUUAGUAAUGGGGAAUAUGUAAAAGCUGGUUUGGUUGAGUUGGAGCGUUGGAGCUAUAAAGCAACAGAUGAGGUUCAGCUUGGGAUGAACUUAAGCAUACUAGGCAAGUCAUUGGAUCCCUGGUAACAUUAGAAACCCAAAAAGACAGUUGACGAAAUGAGCCACGACCUGUGCCCAGUAAGUAAUGUGUGAGCAAGGAAUAAGUUAAUACAUUCAAAUCCAUUAACCUCCUCUUCAAUCAUACUCAUGUGUACUUGAUUUUACGUUUUUGUAACGUGGAAGAUAUUCUGAAUUUUAGGUGCUAUCAUUUUCCGACCAUGCUUUAGCCUUUGGAUUUGUUGUUUUGAAUUGGUUUUGUUGUUUUCAUUCUCUUUGUUAUGCAGCUGAGAACUUGAUUUCAUAUCUUUUAGUUGUUUAGGGACUGCAGAACCAAAAAAAACCAAUAUACUGAAGUUUAAUUGGUUUGGUCUUUUGGAUUCUAUCUGUACUCAUUGUCAGUUCGUUUUAGUUGAAUUGGUUUAGUUGUUAAGGGACUGCAGAUUAAAAAAAAAAAAAAAAACAACUUAGAAAUAUACACAUGAUUCCUGUUGAUUUUCAUAUAUGUGUCUUAUUUGAAGCAUGUACAUAUAUAAUUGCUGUUGAAGUUCAUAUGUUGUUGUUCAAUUACGACAUAUAUUACAUGAAUCAUGGACUAUCAUACCAUGCUCCUUUAUACAUUUUACUAUAUACCUUGAUGCUGGCUUCAGAAGUGGCUUACUUAGCAUUGUAUCCUUCUCCUGCUUGCUCAGUCUUUGAGCCUAGGAACAAGGUAAUUUAGUAGGUUUAAAUUAUCAGGAGGAGUUUGUGAUUGUGUAUCUCUGUGUGUGUGUGAGGUAGUUGGAUUUCUCAUAGUUUUCACUAUCCAUCACCAUUGGUAUUAUUCCAUUCUUGCUUCUUCAAAAUCCUGAAAUUCCCACCUGAUUGAAUAUAUAUCCAGUGUCUGUAACUAUCCCUUCUUUAAAUCUAUGAUAAUGCACUUUUGCCUGUAGAUAAUGAACUACAGACACAAAAACUUUUGGCUCAGUUUAGGAGAACAGAACUUUGAGGUUACCUUAGAUGUAUUCUAAGCCCAUCAUAUCCAAAUGUUUACAGUUGAUUUUCUGAUCACAUGUUAACUUAUCUUUCUGUUUAAAUUUGGGUGUGUGUGUUUGGUGGGGUGGUAAGGCUUUGGUCUCAUUUAUAAGAGGUCAGGAGUUUGAGCCCCAUCAAGGGUGGGAAUGGGGUGGGGUUUUUAAAAAAAAAAAAAAAAAAAAAUCUUUUUGUUUAAAUUUCAUAUAGGGUAAGAUCUACGUGAUUGCUGCUAAGAAGUCUUCAGGGAAGGUGGUGACUACGAAAAGAACGAAAUUCAGCGGCUUCAACGCAUUCUCGAACAGGGAAGACAAGGGAAAGAGAUGCUGCGUUAAAUGCCAUUCAAUCACCUUUAUUUGAUAUUGGUAUAGAGAGGGCUACUGGAAUUGUCUGGAACAUAACUGGUGGAACUGAUUUGACACUAUAUGAGGUAAAUGCAGCAGCUGAGGUUAUUUAUGAUCUUAUUGAUCCAACAGCAAAUUUAAUAUUUGGAGCAGUGACAGAUCCAUCACUCAGUGUUCAAGUUAGCAUCACUCUAAUUACUUCUGGAUUCAAACACCAAGAAGAAAAUGAUGGGAGGCCAAUCCAGGCACAAGGAGACAUUACCCUUGGAAUCAAUCGAAGACGUUCCUCCUUCUCAGAAGGCAGUUCAGUUUAGAUUCCUGAUUUCUUGAAGAAGAAAGGACACUCACGUUAUCCAAGGUUUGAAAUGAUUCCUUUUUAUUCCAACGAGUGCCUUGGCUGAGGCCUUCCAGCCUCUUCAUUACCACAUCAGCAUCAAUCUGAGGGAUUUCAGUAUGCCUCGUUAGAUACAAGAUGAUUGAUCCUCGAUAUGUCAUUUGUUAGUACUUAGUAGUGGUUUCUAGCCUUCGUAUAUUAUUGCACACUCGUCUGAGCAUUAUGUCUGUUGCCUUUUGUUCCCAGAAUAUUUCAAUAAAAGCCCUUGUCGUGUAUAGAGUUUUCCAUCUAGGAAGUGAGAUAGAACUUAUGGAGAAGCAUGAAUUGCUUUUCUUCAGAGAAAAUUCUUCUUUGUUACUUAAUAUCUGAUUUUAAUUUAAGCUUUACUUUAUUAUCUA